AUGGGAUCGACGCGUUCAACGGGCGCACACUUUUCUUCAGUGUUAGCCCCAUCGCAGGAGAUCAUCAGAUCGCAGCCCCGUCUGCAACCCUCACCGCUACCACUCCAACCCAUUGAGAACUUGUCUUUCCCUCCCGGCCCGCACAGGCCAUCGCCGACAAAAGGCCUGCACAAGGGCUCACAUCCGGGUGGAAAACUCGGUUUCGUUCCAAUCUCUGCCCCAGUGCCUCCCAUGUUCACCACCGACUCCCCGGCCAAGAAAGCGCCCUUCCCCAUCUACUCUCAACCCAUGCCACACUCUGCUCUUUUCACCACCUUCCCCAGCGUCAACGAAAAAGAAAAUUACACCGAAGAACCCUCCAAUGACAGUUUCGCCGACUUCCCAGAGCCGUCAUAUGAUACCAAACUUCCGAUGAAGCGCACACUCAUGGAAGCGGCGCCACUCAGGGAGCGCCCAAACAAAAAACAAAGACGCGACGAUGCGCCGGCCGCGUACCUCCCAGAACCGCAUGAGAUGCCCCAGGUCGAAGAUGAUGGCUCCAAGCCUCCCUACAGCUACGCCACUUUGAUCGGCAUGUCGAUUCUGCGCGCCAAUAAUCGGCGAUUGACUCUUGCGCAAAUCUACAAGUGGAUAUCUGACACCUUCUCCUACUACAAGAACAGCGAUGCAGGAUGGCAGAAUAGUAUUCGCCACAACCUCAGUCUCAACAAAGCGUUCAUCAAGCAGGAGCGCCCCAAGGAUGAUCCUGGCAAGGGGAACUACUGGGCCAUCGAACCCGGAAUGGAGGGUCAGUUCCUCAAGGAUAAGCAAGUGCGCCGCGCGACCAUGUCAAGCCUCCCACUUCCAGCUGCUCCGCAGAGGGACCUGGCUCCAUCGCAAAGCGCCAACACGACCACCUGGAUGGUGCCGCCUGCGCCCGCUCCUCGCGCGCAUGUCCAUCACGUGACCGCUCCAAGGCCACCCCCGAACGAUAUGUCUUCCGAUGCCACCUUGCCUGCCUCCGACCCUGCGCUUCAAGAUGACGCCGAAGAUGUGAAUACGGUACCCGCUGCACGCGCAGUGCCUCGCUCCUCGCCACCUCCAAACAUUCGAUCAUCACCGCCAAUCGCUCCUCCUCGCUUUGCCCGACAGGGUACUCCACCAACACCUACUCAGACUGGUCCAACGCCGGCACCUCGACCGCGCAAGCGCAAGUCAAUCACCCUCAAUGACAGUGGCUACUUCUCAUCGCUAGAGUCAUCUGCUUUACGGCCAAACAAGGCGGGUCAUAUACUGACAUCUGAUCUUGACAUUGAGCCGCCCCGCAUCAAGCGUGGUCGAGCAGAGGAAGAGAUUGCGCGUAUGCGCAGCUCAUCACACGACACCAGCCCUGGCCAGCCUGCAGCGCGCAAGAAUCCCAACCCGGCUGUUGGCUCGUCUCCCUUCCGCAGCCAGUAUAUCAGCAUGCAGCCUCCCCCGUUGACGCCAAUCAUCAAAUUUAAGAAGCCCGCAAAGCCACCUCCAUCAGUCUCCCCAAACACGAACCUUCGCAACCACCGACGAAAGAUUCAGCAAAUGGUCAACUCACCCAUCAAGCACUUGGGUCUUGCGGAAGACGCUCUGCCCUGGAGUCCUGCCUUCAACUUACAAGAUGAAUCAUACACCCCUCAUGAUCACUUCAACACCACCUUCGAUGUCUUUGCGGACCCAGGAUCAUCACAUGUCUCCUAUGGGUCACCAGAGAAGCGUUCAGCAAAACGCCCACGCACGGAUAGCAGCAACACCGCGCUUACCGACAUCACUUCUGUGAACAUCAACAGCCGACUGGGCUUACCUCCAAUGUCUAGAUCAAAGUCCUUGUUCCCCGAGUCCCCGUCCAAAGUCCCGGACUCUCACCGUUUCGGCGACGCCAGCCAGGAAGAUUUCUUCUCCUUCCACCUCUUCGAUGAGAGCAACGAUAGCUCGAAUGAGGUUGAUGGCAUCGACCUCUUACAAGGCUUCCAGAAGAUUGGAGGCGCGAGUAAAGAUGACUCGCUGAAGCCCAAGACGCUUCACCCGCGACCCCAAAUGGGCCGCAGCAGCACAACCCUGUUUUAA